GAGCCUUUCCACCAUGAGCUUCACUGGAAAAUACGAGCUCCAGUCCCAGGAAAACUUUGAGCCCUUCAUGAGAGCCAUCGGGCUCCCUGAGGACCAGAUCCAGAAGGGCAAGGACCUCAAGAGCAUCUCAGAAAUUGUGCAGGAUGGGAAAAACUUCUCAAUGACUGUGACCACUGGCUCCAAAGUGAUAAAAAACCAGUUCACCAUCGGGGAGGAGAGUGAGAUAGAGCUGAUGAAUGGAGAGAAAGUGAAGGUUGUUGUGCAGAUGGAGGGUAACAACAAACUGGUCGCACAGGCGAAAGGGAUGAACUCCGUCACAGAGCUCAACGGAGACACCAUCACCUACACAAUGACCGUGGGUGAUGUCACCCUCAAGAGAGUCAGCAAGAGGAUCUAG